UGGACUGGACUGAUGCCCUCAUCGUUGGUUUAUCAUUGAUAAACUUAUCGCAAGGAACACUGCAAACCAGCGAGCGAAGCAAAUGGGCGGAGCGCCUGGUGUUCAUAACAAAACACCGCCUGCUUGGCGAAGCCUGUCCGAGGGUUUGGGAGCAACAGAUGCGCCCUCUAGGCUCCUUUAGCCGUCUAAGAAGCCACUAGUCCAAUUAACGCAGAGGAGGCGGAAAUCCACAAGUCUGGGCAGGCAGGCAGUUGCACAAACUUGUUACCGCUCCCCUACUCUACGACGAUGAAGAAGACGCGCGCCUCUCAACAGGCACAAGAUGACGACGUGAAACCGCAGCCCGCCAUCAGUGAACAAGUUGGACCUGAAGCAAGAAGGCAUCCGUGAGAUGCUGGUGUGUUGUUUCGAGGGAUAGCAGGCAGUCGCGAUUCGGGCUCUCGACACAUAAUAUAAGCCUCGAUAAGCUCCCGCGGAGUUGCUGCCGCGGGCCUGCAUAUGCGCGUCAUUGGCGACGCUGCUGCUGCUGCGGAGUUUCCUCGGGCUCUUGGUGAAGGCGCAUCGUUAAUAUGGAAACGUUCACCGAUGUGCUGCUCGUCACCGCAAAUGUCGGGUCGCUCUUUGACAAUGUCGGUGAAAUUCAAACUGAAUGGUUACAACAACUAUACAAGACCAUCCACAUCUACAAGCCACAGUUCAUUGCCCUGCACUUCCAGGAGGUGGGAGGGAAGGACUACAUGUUAAACAUGGGCCACGCAGAAGACUUUUUCUGGACCCUCGAGUCCAGUGAAGAAAUGAAAGACUUUGACAGGUCUUGCAUUUAUGUGGACAACCAGUUCCAAGUAGAAGAUAGCUUCACGGCUUUGGGGAGCAUGUACUUCAUCCACAAGACACUGAAAAAUAUCCAUCAGUAUGACUUUAAUGUUAAGGAUUUUAAAGCGGUGUUGGGGCAGAACAAGUAUAUGGGCUCUCUGGACAGGGUCACCACUGUGGAGAAAGAAAAAUUCCCAAAGAAUUUCUGGCCAGAUUUCAAGUGGUCCAGAAAGGGCUUCAUGCGGACCCGCUGGAUUAUACACAACCAAGGUCUAGACCUGGUAAAUAUCCACCUGUUCCAUGAUGCCUCCAACCUUAUUGCCUGCAACUCCAGUCCUUCCAUUUACUCAGCCAACCGCAAUAACGCUCUCAGAUACGUCAUCAACAGGAUAUCAGACAAUCAGCACAUGGUGCUGCCUUUUUUUCUGUUCGGAGAUUUCAACUUCCGUCUGGAUACACUUAGUCUGGUUCAGUACCUGUCCACUGCUACCGACGUGCAGACAGUGAAGAAGGACAGCAGUAACGAAGUGGAGAAAAUCAUAUGCGAAGAAAAAGACAAUGACCGCCAGGUUCUGCUUCAAAUUGAGGAGAAGCUUUUUGCCUACCUGCACCAGGCGGUUUUCAGAGAGGACAAUGGCAGAGCACUUUUGAAAUAUGACAAAGAAGUCGCAGCCUUUCAUGAUGUCAUUAGGGAAGAGGACAUCAUGUUUCCGCCAAGCUACCCAUACAGUGAAGAGUACACUAAGCCAACCCAGUACAUGAAUACUCGCUGUCCUGCCUGGUGUGAUCGUAUCCUUAUGUCACAUACUGCCCAAGAUUUAAUCCUCAGGAGCAAUGACAGCGAGAACAGUGUUGUUUACAACACAGUGGGUCCUAAUGUCUGUAUGGGAGAUCACAAGCCUGUGUUCAUGUCCUUCCCACUGAAGACAAAUGACCACUGAGUGAUACAAUGGUCUGUAACCAUAGCGUCGUCGGAGUUCUGCCACCGAGGCUCAACAGUGCGAUUGUUCUCCGCUGCAACCUUCCCAUCAGCCACCCGCAGAGUUUCACUCAGCCUGGGCUAAACUCACUGCCACAUGCUGUUGACCACAAAUCUCGUAUCAUGAGCACAGAUUUAUCAGCGCAUGUCAAGAGUUUUUGAGAGCUGUUCCUCUUUGCUGCUUGCUCUCAGAUUUUAAGUCCCCCCCGUGACAUGAAACCCUGUUGUCAGCGAGGAUGAUCCUGCAGGUCCUACCUGCAGCUGCACAUUCGUGCAGUGUGCAUAGCGAUAUUAUCUUGAAAAAGGAAAUAUCAAGCCCCGCUGGUUAUCUGUGCAUGUGCUUUUAUUUUGUUUUUGUUUUUUACGUUCUAUUUAGUGCAUGUAUUUAUUUUGCCCUUGCUGUAGCAUUUUAAACAAUGAGGGAGACACAGAAGUUGUCACGUUUUGGUGAUCCAGUUGUCACGUUUUGAUCAUCUUCAGUGAUAAUACAUGAUGCGUGAGAGAUUUCCUGCUGGCCUAUUUUAUUCAUACUUGUGGCUGCUUCAUAUACAUCAGCUCCAGCCAUGACAGAUUGGAUUUUUAAUAGUGGCAUUAUGAAUAAAUGACACUAGAUGGGCAAUUUUUAAAAAAAAAGAAAAAAAAAGAGAGUAGAAACAUUUUAUAGCAACAAACCAUGUGCAGCAUUUGAUCUUGGCAGUGGUGGGAGCUGAAUGAAUUACCAUGACAUCCAACUGAAUUUAUGUAUCUGUUAAUUUUACCAGCUGUAUUAUACACAUUAUACCAAGUGCUUUAUUUCACAGUGACGCCGAAGCUUUUGGCUGAUCAGUUCCUCUCUCAGUUUGUGAUGCAGGAUGUCUGGAUUUAACGUUAUUGCAUUGCCAAAAAAAUUAUGCUGUAAUUAUACUGUAGUACUUACUUCCAGCUGUAGUCAAGGAAGGUCUGUUUUGAUCACUUACCAUCACUAAAACUUCACAAAAUCCUGUGCAUAUACACACAUGUGCACCCACACACAGCGGAGAUGGCACUGUUUGCUUUUGAUUUAUUAUAUUUCUUUGGUUCCUAGUCUCAUACUGCAGCACCAAUGUAGUAAUAUUAUGUGCGACAAGUUUAAACCUUUGACCUGGCUUUAAUGAGGACUAAUUGAAUCUAUUUAAAAUGUGUUUGUUUCUUUUUGAGUGUUUCCUGGGAGUACAUUUUCCUGUAAAAAUGCUUUUUGAUGCAAGUCUGAACUGUUGUGUAAUGUUUGUACAAUGUGACUGUAGCCUCAUCAUAACAAGAAAGAGCAGUGCAUUUGGCUGUAGAUUUGUAAUAAAUGCUUUGUCACAGGAGUGGAGUUGGUUACAAACACUACAUUUGUGAUAUUUCACUUUUGUAAAUAAAGUGCUACCCCCUGAAUUA